AUGGCCGCUACCACCACUAAUGCACCGGGCUGGGCCUUUGGGAACGCAGUCCUCGUGACAAUCGAUAUAGAGAUCCAUUGUCGCAAACACUACCCGAAAGUUGGGUCUCCACAGGAUCGUGUCUCCGAGGUUGGGGUUGCCUCAUUCGACCCCCAUCGCGUUCGCUUCGCAGAUGCCGGGGAUCGGGCCAAAAACACGUGGGGCUCGAUCAAAGCCUGCAACUUUGCCAUCACUGAGAACACACAUAUUCUCGGUGAAGGAUCGCAUGCCCGGCACUGCCGAGACCGGCACUGGGCGCUCGGCCCCGAUGCCGGCGUCAAAGCGACAGACUUCGACUUUGGCAAGCUGUACAACGUCUCCCGGGUCCACGUGAAGAAGGCCUUUGUGAACAAGAUCCGCACCCUACUAGGCGACCAUCCCCCCUUCAAGACAGACACCCCCUACCACAACAAUCGCGAGGUCGUGUUCCUCUUCUUCGAUCAGCACAAUGAUCUCCGCUGGCUCCAGAGCCUGGAUAUUAACCUCUUGGUCGAGUUCCCGAACUCGCGCAUCGUCGAUAUCCAACGCGGACCUCUUGCUGCCGCGAUUGGAAAGCACAUGCGUGGCAAGGACAAGAUCAGUGCCGAAGAUCUGUACAAGUAUUUGCGCUUCGAGACGGUGCACAUGCACAAUGGUGGGAACGACGCGGUCUGGGAAUUGCGAGCGUACCUUGCUGAACUUACGCUGACAGAUCCGCAGACUCACAAGACGCGCAUCCCCGACGAGGCAUCGACGCUGAACAAGGACGGCGUCGUCGUCAAAGAGGAACCUACCUACAUUGCCGCUCCGGAGGUGAUUGUCGAUGGAGAGGUAUGGGAGUUGUAA